UGCCAGUUGGCCACCCGUACGAGUUCGCCGCACCCCGAGAGAUCACCUCAGCUCCCUUCACCCGCAACCCAGUGCUCGGAUUCUAUCUUAUCCCGUGCGGGAUCAUCGUCGUUCAACUGUUUCCCGACUCUAUGAUACGAUCACCGCACGUACAUUCGUCUGGUUGCGGUGGAAUCCGGAAAGCUAAGGAAGAAGCUGAAGUGAAACAGCGAUGAUAGCCAUGCGGAACUCAUGCUUCGAUCGCUGUGCCGACGCUGUGCCGACGCUCUAGAUUUGAUGAAGCCGCUGCAAAAUGCAAGGCGCGAAGCCCGGCGAAGAUUCCACGCAAUCAACUGUUGGAGAAUCCAUGGCCUGAGCACAACUGCGUCUCGGACACUGUCACGGAGCAUUAGAUCAGGCGGCACAAUGCUGCCGGUCGAUCCGGGUCCGCAUAGUUCAUAGAACGUGGUACACUUCGCUGCUCGUAGGGCUGAUGCUAUGAACUCUCGAGGAAGUAAAAUUCAUGAACAAGCAAGCAACGCACGCUUUGCGGCACCAGCUUUUGGCGACGGAGGUGUGUGCUCUUGUCGCAGCUGGCCAUCCCCUGGUGAAUAACGGAAAGCCUAAUCUAUAACCUCAAGCUGAACUUCAUUCAACCUGAGCUUGUAUAUCAUGCAAUCAACACUGCAAUACUGUCCGAAAUCUGUCUCCUUGGACGCAGAUCUCGAGAUGGCAUCGAGAGCUUGACGCUAAGAAGAUCCAUUCCCACAUCUCUCCAUCUUUCGUUCCCGUCUGUUCCCUAUAUGUGCCCUCAAAAGACAAACGCGAUGGAGUCCCACACACCUCUCGGUGCUCCGCAGCUCCUCCAUCCACUCGUUCUUUGCUUGAGCUGAGAAUCGUGUCCCCUCGCCAUGGACGGCAAUUGUGAUCUGAGACUUACCCCUCCAAGUUCCUCCAACCGCAUCCUCGCCUAUCUUGACAGGGAUUUACCUCCACUACCACCAGCUCAAGACGCAGUUGCUGCUGCUGCUGAUUCCCCCCCACGCUCUGUCAAAGUCCGAGGUUACAAUCAAACUUCUGGUCCUCCACUCAGGAGCACCUUCCCUGUUAUCGCUCCAGGGCCACGUUCAUCGUCUCUCCCUUCCGGCUCACGAAAUGGUCUCGUUGGACCACCCAAGCGUCUGCGCCCCACCAAGCCGAACCUGCGCAUCGAUCUCACGCAGUCUCUGUUUCGUCCCAUCGUCGCCAGCCCACUCAUCGGGGAGGUAUCACCGGUGUCGUCCCAAUCUGACUGUUCGCACCUCAGCACCCCGAUCCUCCCUCCGUCGGCCGCAAUCUCUCUCGAGACACGAUUGUCCCCGUCCAGCCCGCCCCGCCGCACAAUCUCACUCUCCUCUAUCAUCCGCCACGUCCAGGACAAGUCGCGGCCCGGCAGCAGGAUCUGCAAGCGGAUGGGCCCCACCACGUCCACCCCCAUCAUAUCGCGUGGGAGCGAUCCUCCCGAGGGAUUCAGGUCACCAUCGAGCGUGACGUAUGCCGUGUUCUGCGAAUCACCCGUCGCGGGAUCCGCCGGGAAAGUGGACGACGGUGCCAGUUUCGCUGACGAAGACGACGACGACGGCUUUGUCUUCUAUCGCUCUGAAUACCACUCUGCCUCCAUCCACAACCUACUUCAACCGAGUGUCGCUCAGUACAACACCCCCACUCAAGACAAAACCACCACCUCGACUCUCAUGUUUAAUCUGAUCAUUGCACGCCGUAAUACGCUUCUCGCGUGGGCUUCGAUAGAAGCCGGGUUUGCUAUUUAUGUCUGGAACGCAUACCGAACACCAUCUGCGACAAUGAUAUCUGCGUCCCGCACAAGAGCGGGACUGAAAGCCUAGUCUACACGUUAAUCACCAUCUUCAAGAUGUAUACCUGACACUUUGCUGAAUGUAACAUACUUGCCCCCAAAGAUGACCACCUUCACAAAUCAAUUUCACAAACAGACGAUAUCAACGGGAGAGGUGAUG